AUGACAGAGGCACAGAAGGAGGGUUCGUGGCUGAAGGAGGGUUCCGGUUGCGUGGCCAGCGUUCGCAGCCGAUCUGGAGAGUGGGUCAGUGGGUGGAUCCGAUCCGAUCGUGUGGCAGUCGGCGUCGGUGGGAGGCGUGGUGCUGGGUCUCUGCCGCAGAUGGUAGUUUCUCGUAUCAGACUCUCGGGGUUUGGGGGUGUGGUCGUGGAGGAGGUGAUCUGCCGGCUCUUUGCCGGAGAUGGUGGGUCGACUGCAGGCAGGGUGCGAAGGAGGCGGCGGUGCGCCGGUCUAGGAGACGAGACGGUGGUGGCUGAGCUGACUGUGCCUAAGUCGUAUUGGGCUAGGAUCAAGUCCGUACUGUAUCUAACCCUAUCUCUCCCUCUUCUAUCUAGCUCUUUGAUCCCUCUUUCCUUUCGCUAUCUUCUUGAUCUUGUGGGAUCAAUUCAAACUAACAAAGUGGAUCAUAGAAAGCAUGGGAAGAGGGCCUUCCCUCGUGAUGGAUCGGAGGAGAAAGAGGAAGAGGGUGGUCAGGAUCAAGUAGGCUUGCUCCCAGCGGCGCCGUUUUGCUCAUCAUCAUCCUCAGCUCGAUCUGAACAAGAGAUGUCUGCCAUGGUCUCAGCUCUAUCACAAGUUAUUAGUGGAAACAGUAGUACUGAUACUAACCAAAACCCUGCACUUCAACUUCCCCAACAGUCCGGCGCUGCUGUAUUGGAACAUGAUCAAUCCCAUCAACAAGCGCCAGAUCAAGGGAGUGUGAGGAGGAGACACUAUAGAGGAGUGAGGCAGAGACCAUGGGGGAAGUGGGCGGCCGAGAUUCGUGAUCCAAAGAAGGCAGCCCGAGUGUGGCUUGGAACUUUUGAAACGGCGGAGGCUGCUGCACUUGCUUACGACGAAGCAGCUCUCAAAUUCAAAGGAAGCAAGGCUAAGCUUAACUUCCCGGAAAGAGUUCAAGGGACGAGUGAAUUAGGCGGUUACCUCACAACUAACACAGUUGCUCAUCAGCCUCUCAUUUCUGAUUAUCAUCAUCAGCAACCGGUAUACCCGAAUAAUAUCCCUAAUACUGGUCAAUAUUAUCCACAAUUUUAUGGGAACUUAAACUAUGGUCAGACAGAUCAAAGAUUUUAUUACCAGCCUACUACGUCUUCAUCUCCACCUUUUAUACCAAUAUCUCAAGCACAAGAAGAAGAUCAACAACAACUGCCGGCCUUAAGCUUUCCUAUGCCGGCGUUUGGUUCAUCUUCUUCCAGUUUGGAUCCUGAAUAUCCACAGAACAAUACUACAAGAAAUUUUGACAAUAGUCAUUCGAGAGGAUAGUAUCCGCAGACAGAGUUAGAAUCAAGUGACCGACUUUGGAAUCGAUCUCCUCAACUCUCCAGUAUAUCUAUAGUACAACUCACUAUAUAUACUGUUGUUUUGAAUUUUUAUCUAUUAUUUGUUUGCUUCAUGUCUUGAAUCAAUUGUACCUCUUUUUGUUUUUUUAACGAGAAAUA